AUGGCUGCUGAAUUUGACGUCGAGGCGACGCUGGCGAAGAUCCCCCUUCCCGACAAGAUCAAGCUUCUUAGUGGUGUAGGGUGGUGGAACACCCAUGCUGUUCCUGCGGCGGGAUUGCAGUCACUGCGCAUGAGUGAUGGGCCAAACGGUGUCCGUGGCUCUCAGUUCUUCAACGGUGUUCCCUCUAGUUGCUUCCCUUCGUCUACGGGGCUUGGGUCGUCGUUCGACGUAGACCUUGCUUUGAGAGUGGGCGAAGCACUUGGGGUGGAAUCUCAUGCCAAAGGAUGUCAUGUCCUCCUGGCACCCACGGUGAACACUCAAAGGUCGCCCCUUGGUGGCCGUAGCUUUGAAUCUUUCGCUGAGGAUCCCCAUCUGAACGGAACCAUUGCUGCUGCUUAUAUAAAUGGCUUGCAAUCAAAAGGUGUCGCGGCCACCAUCAAACACUUCGUCGCCAACGACCAAGAAUUUCAAAGGUACAGAGUUUCGCUCUUGCUUGUGUGUGUGCGUGGUAGUACUGAAGGUAGAGUAGGCGAAGUUAGUGAACGAGCCUUGCGGGAGAUCUAUUUGAAACCUUUUCAAAUCGCCAUCAAGAAUUCUAAUCCAUGGGCUCUAAUGACGGCGUACAAUCGUGUCAAUGGUUUGCACGUAUCAGAGAACCCUCGACUACUGGUUGACAUUCUACGAGGGGAAUGGGGAUACCAAGGCACUAUUAUCAGUGACUGGAUUGGUGUAUACAGUACCGCAGAAAGUAUUAAGGCUGGCUUGGACAUCGAGAUGCCGGGGCCCACUGUCAUGCGAGGGAAGGCAGUAGAACGUCUCAUGAUCGCUGAAAAGUUGUUCACUUCAGACAUCGAUGAGCGAGUUAGGAAGAUCCUCGUCCUCUACAAACAUGCGCUGGACUCAGGUGUUCCAUUCGAUGCACCAGAGGGGAGCAUUGAUACUCCGGAGUUACGGCAGCUACUCCGCACAGCAGCAGCGGAUGCUACUGUCCUCUUGAAGAACGACAAACAAAUACUCCCACUAAAGACUGGCAUCAAAAAGAUUGCUGUCAUCGGACCCAAUGCCAAACGAGCAAUGACCUCCGGCGGUGGAUCAGCUCAAUUGCGGUCGACUUAUGCUGUCACUCCUUUCGAGGGGAUCACAGCUGCUGCAAAUGAAAUUGGUGCCGAAGUCACCUAUCACAUCGGGACGCCCUCGCAUAAUACGCUGCCUUUGCUUGAUGGAAGUAUCAGGCAGGGCAACGGUGAGCCGGGUGCAUAUAUGCAGUUCUGGAACGAGUCACCUUCGGAGGACUUUUUGUCUACUUCCCCGCAUCUCCAUGCAAAGAUAUCUGAACAUGUCUGGGACGUUCCUACUCACUCUACGAAUUGCUUUCUUGCAGAUGGAGUCGACGAUACGAAGGUCAACGAGGUCUGCUACAUACGCUACACCACCAAAUUCACUCCCGACGAAACUGGAAGCUGGGAGUUAGGUCUCAGCGUAGCCGGCGCUGGAAACCUCUUCGUGGAUAGCAAACUGCUGAUCGACCUUAGCACCGACCCCGAGCAAGGCGAAUCCUUCUUCGGCUUGGGCACCAUCGAGAAGAGGGAAGUUAUUGACCUCGAAGCCGGGAAGACAUAUGAUUUCGAGAUACGUAUCAGCAACGCGUCGUUCGUCUCUCGAGGUAGUCCCUUUAGUUGCCGUGGAGGGAUAAGGCUGGGGGGCUGCAGGAAAUCAGGUGGCGCGCGAGAUAUCGAGGAAGCCUCCAAGUUGGCUGCCGAGUCAGAUGUUGCUAUCUUAGUAAUUGGUCUCAACCACGACUGGGAGAGCGAGGGCUUUGACCGCCAGAAUAUCGACUUGCCUCGUCUGACGAAUAACCUCGUUGCUGCUGUCUUGAAAGCAAACCCAAACACAGUCAUCGUCAACCAGACUGGUGCUCCAGUUGCUAUGCCUUGGGCGGAUAGCGCGAGCACAAUCCUCCAGGCUUUCUAUGGCGGUAACGAGCUUGGCAAUGGCCUUGCAGAUGUGCUCUUUGGCAAGGUUAACCCCUCCGGCAAGUUAUCUCUGACAUUCCCAAAACGUUUGGAGGACUCCCCCUCCUUCCCAUCCUACGGAGACAGGGGACAAGAACUUGGCAAAAUCUUAUACAAUGAAGGUAUCUUCGUCGGUUACAGAGGAUUCGAGAUCAGAAAGCUUGAGCCUCUAUUCGCUUUCGGUCACGGGCUCUCCUACACAACCUUUGAGUACUCCGGCUUGCAGACUUCCGCCAUCCCCGCCGGGAACGAUCCCAAAUUCGCUGUGACGUUCACCAUCAAGAAUACUGGCUCCGUGUCUGGACGAGAAGUAGCACAAGUAUACAUCGCCGACCCACAGUCCUCGCUCCCCAGACCUCUCAAGGAACUCAAGGGGUUCAAUAAAGUCGCGCUUGAAGCGGGCGAAUCGAAGGUGGUGAGCGUAGAGUUGGAUAGAGAGGCACUUAGCUUCUACGAUGACCGCCGCGCUGCAUGGGUUGCAGAAGCGGGCAAGUUUGAUGUUUUUGUUGGUGCUUCGUCUACCGAUAUCAAGUUGACGGGCGAGGUGGAGUUGGAGAAGUCCUUCACCUGGAAGGGGCUGUAA